GGCUAUCUUGACAUUUGAUUGGAUAAAAAGAGCGUUCAUCUGGGUGAGCGUUAACCUGCUUUCGAUGAACCCGGCCUAUAGUUUUCCCGCCAAAAAUAAUUCAGUCCCCGGAUAAUCACUUGCGCGCCUGCAAACAAAUAGUGUAAAGGUUGCGAGUUGUUCCAGGAUGCCAACGCUGUUACACGUUUGGACUCGCUGAUAUAUUUCUUGUUACAGUUGUUAGCGUUAUACGGCUGAACAGCCAUUUUUGAAGUGUGUAAACUAUUCUCUAAAACAUCGCAUAAAGUGAUAAGGUGAUGCACAGGUGUUUUAUAUUUGAUUAUAGCGUGCGGUGAAAAAUGUGCAAUUAUUUAUUAAGUUCCAUUUUAAACUUUUCAACCAUUUUGUCAGCACUAAUGGCUGUGUCCCAAGAUCUUGCUUUAUACGGGGUAAUGAGCCGCAUGUGAUGCAAGCCAUUUCUACAUAUUUUAUUAGAUUUCUAGAAUUCCUCGAAUUUUCUCUCGCUGCCCUCUAUACCAAUUUUGUAUCUCAUCCUAUAAUCAUCCCCCUCCUUCAAAAUUUUAAAUCCAUUAAGCGGUGUGAUUUCCUUUGUGCGUGUCACCAAUGUACAUCACGAAAAGCCAUCAACAAUCAACUUUUCACCCCGAUUACAUAUGAUUCAACGCUAUGAUUAGAAUUUUUAUUUUAAAGAUGCGUGCGAAACCAAGAUUACUGUUAUGAUUGUACCUGUCUUCAAUUAUUGAACGAAGAAUUAGUUUGGAAGAUUCUUUUGGUUUAGGACAUCCGUAGAAGUCUCCCUUAGCCUUUCAAGAGUUUGAAAUGACAGCAAACUAGUAUGUGAAGUACUGUUUACUCUCCUCAAGACCGCAAUCGUCAAACGGGCCAUUUAAUACCUUACCGCAGUAUUUCACUUCUUGGUGUUUGUUUUUAUACAUUAAACAAACAAGAGAGUGAUUCAAUAGUAUGGAUACAACAGAAGGCUCGUCCUCAUGGAAUAUUGCAUUUCAUGGCGGACGUCACAUGUCGCUUUUGGGAGACAUGUAAAAAUCUCAGUAGGUUUACCUCUUUGUUUGUUCCUUUCUAGACUACUUACGAUCUUAUAAUCUCCAACUCUAUUUGCAUAACAUAAUCGUAUUCUAGAGUUACCUUCUAAAAUGUUUAUGCUAAUAAAAGUCGCCAUCCAGGGUUAGUAGUUUGGUUUGUGUUUUCCUAAUCGCCAUAGGCCUUCUCAAUUAUUGAUGGCGCGCGUAAUGACCUUGGACAAUAGAGUAUAAAACCGUCCAUGGUUUACUUGCGAUAAAAGCGUUUUCUUUUAUCGUGCCAGGAGAAGCAGAGCCUUCGAGAUACGACUCUUGGGGUACUGGCGUUUGAAGAUGGCUGAUCCUCGGCUGUUCCUGGCGAAGGUUGCUCUAUCAGUCAUUGGAGUUGUCGCUCAUCUACUCACAGUCCCCGUAGGCACCAGUGGUCAAUUUUCAACAAAGUCCACACCUGCGGGAAAGUACUGGAAUUCGACUCUGGUGUUAAAAAACCUUCUAGAGGGUUACGACCGCAGGAUAAGACCCGGCAGUAAAGGUGAACCUGUGGUCGUGUACGUGGAUAUGUACGUAUCUAACAUCUGGGCCAUGCAAGAGAUGAAUAUGGACUUCACAAUUGAUAUCUACCUUCGGCAGUACUGGAGGGACGAGCGAUUGCAAUUCGAAACGCAGACGCCUGGCGCCAUGCUUACGCUAAGCAGUGACAUAAACAAGCAAAUAUGGGUACCGAGUACUUAUUUCCUGGCCACCAAAAAGGCGUAUUUUCAUGAUGUCACUACAGAUAACUACCUUCUACAAGUUAAACCGGACGGGAGUUUGUUCUACAGCAUUAGGCUUACCAUCACCACAUCGUGCAGACUUGAUCUGAGAGACUUUCCUCAUGACACCCAAUCCUGUAGUCUCAGCUUAGAAAGCUACGGGUAUCAGUCCACAGACGUUCUGUACGUGUGGAAUGAGCGCCUAGAUAACACCUCGGCUAUCUACAUACACGAUGAUCUGGAGCUGCCGCAGUUCGAGGUUCUGGGGGUCUCAAGAAGCGCCAAGAUGAACAAAUACAAUAUAGGAAACCACUCUUCACUAGUAGCGAACUUCCGUAUGAAGCGUCGAAUUGGUUACUUCCUGAUAGACACCUACAUACCGUCCACCAUUAUUGUCAUCAUCAGUUGGAUUUCCUUCUGGAUCGAUCCUGAGACAGCGCCUGCCCGCGUGGCCCUGGGGAUCACAACAGUUCUCACCAUGACGACCCUGAUAUCAAGUGCACGUGCUAACCUUCCUAAGGUUAGCUACGUGAAAGCGAUCGACUGGUACCUACUGCUGUGUCUCAUCUUCGUGUUCGGCUCCAUUCUAGAGUACACUUGUGUAACCUAUGUCAUUUCCAAGAAGAAGAGAAUCAAGCAGAAGCAGGAGUUCCUAAAAGCUGCUAACCGUGUCAAGAACAAUAACUUGUUUAGAGGAAAAGAAGAAAUAGUGUUUGGAGAAUUCCCAGCGAAGUGCUUACAAAGGAAUAACAGUAAUGUCCUGAAGAGAGUUCUUGGAAAUGAGGAACUGUGUAAGAAUAUGCCCGGUAACAUCAUAAGGAUGCCCUCUGAGGAGGACAUGUGGGUACGGGACCCCAUACUGAUAGACAGGGUGUCUAGACUUUUCUUUCCAAUAUCCUUUGUCGGCUUCAACGGGGUGUAUUGGAUGGUAUAUGGCGCAUAAUGGGUGUUCGCAUUGAACAAGCGCAUGAGACCAAACCCACAACUACGUAAUGGGGUGUGCGCAUUGAGCAAGCGCAUGAGACCACACCCACAACUACGUAAUGGGGUGUGCGCAUUGAGCAAGCGCAUGAGACCACACCCACAACUACGUAAUGGGGAGUGCGCAUUGAGCAAACGCAUGGGACCACACCCACAACUACGAGCAUUAGAUGGUUUAUGACAAAUAAUGGGCGCCCGCUUCGAGCAAGAGCAUGGGAUUAUACCAACAACGACGACGACGUCUUCACUCCAGCUUUUAUUUUCGGCUUCAACGGGGUGUAUUCGGUGUAUGGUGCAUAAAGGUUGUGUGCCUCGUGCAAGCACAUGGGACCACACCUUAUACUAUGAGGACAGCAACAGCUCUUCUCUGUUUUGUUUGGUGCAUCAAGGGGUAGUUAAUAACAAAAGGGCUUGGAACUUCUCCAAAAAUGACAGCCAAAUCUGUAUCCCCUCCCAGUUCUUUUCAAUUAUUCCCGGUGUCUGGCGCAUGUUUUGAAACCAAAUGAUGAAGAUAAUUUUUUUUCUGCUACAGUGGAUUGUAUUUAAUGGCAUGUGAUAGCCAUAUGAAUCGCUAGCAUAUGCGAUACUGGAUGAUUUUUUAGUGUAACCGUCGGAACCUGACAUUUACCGUGCGGUUACGAAAAAUGUAGAAACAAAUGCAAUACUGAAAGCAAAACUAUCAGGUUCUGACACCAGCCAAAAAGUUGGCAAAAAUAAAUGGAAUGAAACGAAAACGAUCGAGCGAAAGGCAACGUGAGAACCAAUACAUGAUGCAAGGCAUGGACUUAUAAGGAUUUAUUAACAAAUUAAAUAAUAAAGUAUAAUAAAUAAGUGAUAACAAA